AUGAACUCUAUCGUCUCGCCAACUCUGUUCAGGAUCGUAAGCGCCGGCUACACUAUCAUGAACAAGGCCAAUUCCGCACUCGAAUAUCGCGCCCUCGAAUACGCAUUGUACUCCGUCAUGACUGUUCGGGGCACUGCUAUCACUUGGCGCGUUAUUAACUGGCUUCAUAUUAAGCUUAAGACGAAUGUUGGUCUACGGAAAGAGCUGGAAGUUGCGAAGAAGCAGCAGAAGGAGUCUGAGAUGAGGGAGAAGGCGAGCUCUGACCGAGCGCGUCAGACUACACAGGUCGACGAGGUUCCAGACUUUGCGACACCUGUGCGCGAAGAGCCUACACAAACACCAGAAGUGGUCCGCAAAUUGCAGGAGGCACUCAAGGAGACGAGCGAUCAGCUGAAGCGCAGCAAUGCGCAGGUCAAAGAGCUCCAGCAGUCUACGAGCAAGCCUGCGCACCCGAGUAGAAUGUCCAACUCGUCUCACAACUCAUCAACUCCAAAGCGAGAUGCACUGGAGGAUAUGGGGCAUCAACUUCGGGCGGCGCGGCAAGAGGCUGUAGACGCCAAGAUGGAAGCUUCUUCCAAGGACGAGCAGCUACGGCUGGUGCAAGAAGUGGCCGAUGGGGCUGAAGCCAAAGUCGCUUCGCUAAUGGCUUCUCAUGGUCAAGAGCCUCAGGCGGUUGAAGCUCAAGUGGCUUCGCUAAAGGCUGAGCUGGAAGCUGCGCGUCAAGAAACGCAGACGGUCAACGUGGAACUUCUCUCAGUCAAGGAGCAACUGGGUUGUGCGAACGAAGCCAUUAAAACCGCUGGAUCUGGCUUGGCCCAGGUGAAAGAACUUGUGGGAAAAGUCCAAGAAGAGAAGGAUGAGGCUGAAGCCAACGCAGCCUCUCUGACUAUGCAGUUGCAGGCGUCCCGAGAAGAAGAAGAGAAGGGCAGAGCCGAUGCAGCUUCGAUGGAGAGAGACUUCCACGAGGUGCGACUACGACAUAGCAAGGAAGUUGCCGCGCUCAAAGAGCAGGUCAAGGAGUGGGAAGGCAUUGCUGCGGAGGCGAAGGAGGUCAACGAUAAUGUGCAGACCGCGCUUAACGACGAGAAUGAGGAGCUUAAAGAGCAGAUGAAGAAGGACGGUGCUCGUCGCGAGGCAUUGGAGGCGGAGGUGAAGAAGCUGAAGUCGGAGAUCGACGGUACGAAAGCUACAGAGAUGGCUGCACCCGCCUCGAAGUCGCUCACUCCAUCUGAGACGCAGAAUGCAUCGAGCGCGAUCUAUUCCAACCAUCCUAUCGAUACUCAGCCACGACUCAUCUCCGUCGCCGGACUCACAAGCCCAUCUACACCCAUCCCCACGACAUUGUCAGGCCCCACAACCACUCCCGAUACAACCUCGACGCCAAAGAACCACAAAAAACUCACCGCAGACUGGAACGCGAGGACGAUCACGCUCCCAGCAUACAUCGAAGGCUUGGAUGCGUUGAAGCGAAAGUCUGAUGAUGAGGGCGAGACACCCAGACCGAUCAAGCAGCUUCGGCUCAGCGGCGAGAACACAGACAUUCCAACAGGAACUCUACUGACCCCCGGUGGCGGACCGGCAUUCAAAUUUGCCGCACAAGAACCAGGCCAAGAAGAACAGGGAGAAGACGAUGGUGACGCUUCUGAUAUCGAAGACUUCUGGAGUUCUUUUGAGGGUGACGCGGACAACUCGGGCACUUUCACAUACGGCUUGGGCGACGAAGUUGGCGCGGAGGCAGCAGCUCUUCUCGAGCAAGACGCAGCGAAAGGCGAGACUAACACUCAUGGCGAUACUCUCGUCAUUGACGGCGAUACCAUCAUCGAUGGAAGCGAUCACAGCAACGAUGAUCUCUAUGCCAUGCCUUCGCCGAGUCCAAACAAGCAGCCGCCUCCGGUCAUCAGCGAUAUCCCCGACAUCGAUAUCCCCGACAUCGAUAUCCCCGAUAUGGAUAUCCCCGCCAUCGAGCUGACUCCAGCUACCAAGCGGAAGAUUGGGAUUGAGGGCGAUGAGGAGGCGUCGCCAAAGCCAUCUCAGGUCCCGAGGACGAAGGAGGACCUUGGCGGUGAGCAGACUCUGGCUUUGGAGAACAUGACUCCAAUUGCCGUUACUCGCAAGCCUGCUAUCAUUCUGACCCCGGUUAUGAAGCGGCUUUUUACAGAUGAUGACAGUGAGGAGCCGCCUCGUUCAUCUCAGAUGCCACCUAGGUUAUUGCAGUCACUGCCGAAGUCGUCAAAGGUGCAGAGGACGAAGGUUGACUUGGGUGAUGAGCAGACUCCGACUCUGGACGAGUUGGUGACAGAGAACGUCGUGGCUGCGUCUCGCGAAGGAAACGAGACGACUGAAGUCAGCGGCACAGCUCAGUCUCUUGCUGAGAACGAAGGCGCCCCGCCAGAGGUACUUCCUGCGCCGACUGAGGAAGCGGAGCCGAACAACACCCCUACCAUGGGCAGCACCAAUGAAACGAAUGCAGUCAGCGCCGCCAGUCUUGCGCCCCCGGCUCCAUCGCAGGCACCCAACAACGGGCCUCGUCUAUCCGAACCCGUACCUGCAAGUCAGCGCAAGACGCGCAAUGCCGGCAAGCCCGUCGGAUCUCUCAACGAGAACGUGCUGAGUAAGAUGGCGGCGUCGCCCAUGAAAGAGGAGAAAGAGACAGAUACGGAGAAGGCGAAUGCAAGGGGCAAGUCUCCUGUCAAGUCGACAAAGUCGCCGGCAAAGAAGACGGUCAAGUCGCCGGCUAAGGCACCGGAGAGAUCGCGAGCGAGCGAGGUCGAUGAGAACCACGGGGACGAGAACGAGGACGAGGAUGAGGAUGAGGACGGAAACAAGAACAGGAACGACAUGAGCGCAAAAAAGACCGGCGUCGCAAAGACGACUAGACCCAGAGGCUACAUUCGCGAGGCUCGUGUAUAUGACACGAGGAUACGAAGCGACGCAGUCUCGAAUACAAAGACGCUCACGAGACGAUUAGCGGGACAGUGCCGAUAA